AUGACAUUUCAGUAAUGUGCAAUGUUAAUAGGUGCUUAUAUUUCUUAUUUGCAAACCUUUAAUUUACAUAUAAACAAGACGAAAUGAAUUGAUUUACAUUCAAUUGCUGUGCUGCGGUGAAUAAAUGAGAAAGGAACACUUAUAAAUUAGCAGGGAGUUUAUUCGGCAAAUUCUAUCUUUUUUUAUAAUCGCAGUUUACUAACACUGUUGAACUGUACACUAUUUAAAAAAAAAGUUCAGAGUAAAUGUUAACUAUGUCUUCUCACUUUUAAAUUUCAAAAUGAAGGUACAUACUCAAUACCGUUUAUAUGGAAUAAUUCGCUUAGUGAAAAUCGCAAGAAAUGGAAAAAACUUGAUUAACUACACAGAAGAAAACAGCAACGUUCAUGUUGUAAUUAACAAUGACGCCGUUAUGGGUUUCCUUAGCAGAACUACGAGAAUAUGAACGCAGAAGAAUGAGCGGGAAUUUCACAUUAGCAGACGACAAUGAAGCAUAUGACGAUUCAAUCCUACCAUUGCUAACCAUUGCACAUGAUUUAUACAUAUAUUAUGUUCCAGUUAUAAUCUGCCUCGGGACGCUUUUAAACCUGUUCAUUACUCUGGUUUUGUUGAAAACAAGAUUACGAAAGAGAUUUCACUCUCAUAUUGUUGCGGCCAUUGCAAUUUGCGACAUUGGUUUUUUAGUGGCUUUACUAUUUAUUUGGAUUAAGGAUCAGGGUAUUGAAAUAUACAGAGUUCCCGGAUUAUGUCAAAUGGUCAUAUUUAUGAGUCAUUUUUUUCCAUUUUUGUCAUUUUGGCAUAUGAUUGCUACAUGUUUCAUCAUAAUGAUUUGUCCUAAAAAUCAUUGUUUGACGCAUACUUGCAACAAUGUAGGCAAAGCAAGGACAUUGGUUAUUUCUCUUUCGAUAUUUACGUUUACUAUAUACAUCUACAAGACAUGGACAAACGGAGUUGUAAGUGUAAAUGGAGUAAAAUUCUGCACGAUUCUACCGGAAACGGAAGCAGCCAUGAGCAUCUUAAACAUUUUGGACAUGGUUGUUCUACUACUCUUGCCAUUUUUCUUGUUAAUAUUCUUUCAAAUUCUUACAGUAAUCAAUUUUAUCCUAAAAACUGUUGUUACUAAGAGUAUUGGAAGAUCAUAUCUUUGCAGGGACUAUUUCAAAGUGAUCUUUGCAUAUUCCAUUUGUUUUCAUAUAUUUGUUGGUCCUGGAUGUAUCUCGAAGAUACUUGUUUUAUUCCGGAUGACACAUGAUAAAACUCCAACUUACAAUUUCAAGGAUAUAAUCAUCGAAAAUUUCAUCCAAUAUAUAUUUUACACUUACUUUGCCAUCAAACCAUUGGUCUAUAUGAUUGUCUCCAGGUCGUUCAGAUAUCAUUUUAAGGAGCUCAUUACAAAAGCAAAGCAAACUAUAAAUAUAACACGAACUUUGGUUACCACCAGUCAGUCUCAAGAACAAACUUUGUUGUAAAUGCGUAUCAAUAUAAACGUUUAAACCAUUUGGAGAUUAAGAUUUCCGGUUGGGAACGAACACGAGGCGUUCGACUUCAAUUUAACGAAUUACACAGGAAAUAUAAUGUCCGACGAUAGUCUUGUUUUAUUGUGUUGGAAAGGUCCUAUGGAUUCAAAGGAUUACAGUAUUUGUUGCUAUAUUAAAGAUUAAGCCGACUUGUCAUGUCAAGUCAAAUUCAAUUUCCUAUGUGCGUGUGCGAAGCAUGGUUUAGAUGCUUUGGAAAUAUUACUUUUCUGAUGACAUUUACCCACUCAAUGGAAAAGGGAAAAACAUUCAAGAAAAAUGCUGUAAUAUUAUCUGUCAUGCAAGAAUUGCACAAAAACAAAACAACUUAUAUAAUGUUCAAAGAACAUUGCCUUAAGACACUCAGUUUCAUGAAUUAAUGAUCAGAUUGUAAUAUCCAUAACAUAAUUGUGAUGAUUUAGAGAGCAUCACAAUUCAGUUGUAUGUUUGUUCGAUUUUACAGAUUGCAAAAUUUAUAUUUGUAAUCUUGUUUCAAUAUUUAUUGUGCUCAUAAUGUUUAACAUUUAAAAUUUUCAAUGCUAUGUUUUCAUUCAGACUGAAUGGUCUCUAAACGCAUUCAGUAUUUUUUUUAAAUAGUAUAAACUAAUAAUCAUACAUAACAAAGUAUUUUAUUACUUGAAACCAUAUUAAAAUGCACUUAAAUUACACCAGCAUCAAAAGUUUCACCAGCAAGUUCAUAACUGCGAUACCAUGAAAAGGUUUUUACAUUAUAUAAAAAAGAUAUAAGGUUUCAUGACGCACUCCUAAUGAAAUAAACCAUCAUACAAAUAAUCUGCAAUCUGAAUUGAUUGAUUGAUUAAAAAAUAAUUUUAUCAUUUGUUAUAUCUGUUUGUAUUAUCUUCUUAUUAUUUUCAUCUGAUCUAUUUAAUCUAUGAAAGAAUAUUGACAAUAUGAAGAACUCUUUCCAAUGGUUUAUAUUGUUUCGAUAAUUCCAAGUUCGUUCAUAACAAUGUAUAAGAAAGACUGCAUUUUUUUAAUUUAACUAUUUAAGUUGUGGUUGCUAAGAUAUGCCAUA